AGCUGGAACCCCUGCAGCUGGAACCCCUGCAGAUGGAACCCCUGCAGCCAAAACCCCUGCAGCCAAAACCCCUGCAGGUGCCACAUGCCCAGCGGCUGGUGCUGCACAACGGCACCCUGCACCUGGGCAGCCUGGCCCCCUCUGACAGCGGCACCUACGAGUGCAUCGCCACCAGCUCCACGGGCUCGGACAGGAGGGUGGUCAGCCUGGAGCUGCAGCGCACGGACAGGCUCCCCAGAAUAGGCAUCACCUCGCAGCAGCUGACCCGGCUGAGCUUUGGGGACAGGCUGCUUCUCAACUGCACAGCAAGUGGGGAGCCCAAGCCCAGGAUAAUCUGGAGGCUGCCCUCCAAGGCUCUUGUGGACCAGUGGCACAGAAUGGGAAGUCGGAUCCACGUCUACCCCAAUGGAUCCUUGGCUAUCGAGGCAGUUACAGAAAAGGAUGCAGGUGAUUACCUGUGCGUGGCCAGAAACAGGAUUGGGGAUGAUCUGAUACUGAUGAAAGUCAGCAUCACAAUGAAACCAGCCAAGAUUGACCACAAGCAGCAGUCCAAGAAGCUGGUGCCCUACGGGAAGGAUUUCAGAGUGGACUGCAAGGCCUCGGGGUCGCCCACGCCGGAGAUCUCCUGGGGGCUGCCGGACGGGACAGUGGUCAACAACGCCAUGGUGGCCGACGACAGCGGGCACAGGGCUCGCAGGUUCGUCCUCUUCGACAACGGCACUCUGCACCUCAACAAAGCUGGGGUGGCAGAGGGGGGAGAUUACACCUGCUACGCCCAAAACACGCUGGGGAGGGACGAGAUGAAGGUCCACGUCACGGUCCUUGUGGCAGCCCCUCGGAUAAAGCACAACCACAAGACACAGGUGGCAGUGGCAGCUGGAGACACGGCCCGGCUGGACUGUGAGGCUGCUGCAGAGCCCCGGGCACAGAUAUUCUGGCUGCUGCCCUCCAGUGAGAUGAUCUCCUCGUCCACGGGCAGGCACUCCCUGCACGCCAACGGCUCCCUGGCCAUCGGCCGGGCCGGCCUGCCGGACGCUGGGCAGUACCUGUGCGUGGCCAGGAACCCGGGCGGGGACGACACCAAGCUGUACAGACUGCAGGUGGCUGCCAAAGCCCCCAUCAUAAACGGUGUGCACAGGAACAAAACCAUCAUGAGGGUGACGGCAGUGAGGCACUCCAAGAAGCACAUCGACUGCCGGGCAGAAGGGACUCCUCCUCCUCAGGUUACGUGGAUCAUGCCUGACAACAUUUUCCUGACAGCCCCGUAUUACGGGAGCAGGAUUGUGGUGCACGAGAACGGGACGCUCGAGAUCCGCAACAUCAGGCCCUCAGACGCAGCAGAUUUCAUCUGUGUGGCACGGAACGCGGGGGGGGAGACUGUGCUGGUGGUGCAGCUGGAGGUCACAGAAAUGCUACGGAGACCAAUAUUCAGAAACCCUUUCAACGAAAAGAUAAUAGCCAAACCUGGGAAAGCCAUCACACUGAACUGUUCUGUGGAUGGAAACCCUCCCCCCGACAUCAGCUGGAUGCUGCCCAACGGCACCUGGUUCUCCAGCAGCACCAGCACGCCCCAGUUCCCGCCGGGGAGCGACGGGCCCCUGACCAUCCCCAGCGCCGGGAGCCGCCACGCCGGGCGCUACCGCUGCGCCGCCCGCAACGCGGUGGGCUACAUCGAGAAGCUGCUGCUGCUGGAGGUGGCCCAGAAGCCCAGCAUCGUGAGCCCCGCGGGGCCGGUGAGGGCCGCCAGCGGGGAGCCCCUGUCGCUGCCCUGCCGGGCCCAGGGCAGCCCCCGGCCCAGCGUGGCGUGGGCGCUGCCGGGGGGCCGCGUGCUGGAGCGGCCGCAGGCCAGCGGGAGGCUCCUGCUGCUGGACAACGGGACCCUGCUGAUCCGGGCAGCCUCUGCCCAGGACGCGGGCACCUACCUGUGCAGGGCCAGCAACGCUGCCGGGCACUCCUCGGUCGCCAUCCCCGUGGUGGUCACAGCCCACGCCCCCCGCAUCGUGGGCAGAGCCCCCCCGGCCCUGCGCGCCCCGCCCGGGGCUGCGGUGCAGCUGCGCUGCGUCGCGCUGGGCAUCCCCAGGCCGGCCAUCAGCUGGCAGCUGCCCGACGGCUCCGUGCUCUCGGCAGCCCGCCCGGGCCGCGGCUCGGGGGCAGAGCUGCUGCAGCCCACGGGCACGCUGCUGCUGCAGAGCCCCAGCCCGGGGCUGUACCGCUGCACGGCCACCAACAGCCUGGGCAGCGACACCGCCCUGAGCCGGCUGCACGUCCUCUAGGCGCAGCCGAGCGGAGCGCGGCCCCGGGAGCAGCCCCGCAGCCUCGGCCGAAGCACCGGCGCCAGGCACACCCGCAGCGCUGCUGCAGCGCUGGGCAAAGGGACAGAGAAGGGGAAACCGGCUCUGGCACCGCUGGCUCCCUCUGUCUUCGGGGGAUUUAAAUGAGAGCAGAAUUAAGGCACUUCUGCUCCGCAAAGGAACAGCAAACAUUGACUAUCAAACCUGGCAACUGCUGGAAAUGUGCCCAGAGAGCUCCUGGAUGGACACGGCUGUGCAUCAUUCAACCCCCACGAUUCCUUCAAUCCCAAUGCGAUGCCCACCAGGAAUGAGUGCCACAGGCAGGGAUCAGAGAGGGCAGGGACGCCUGGGAACCCAGGACCAGGUUUUCUGGGAUGCAGAUUACCUUCUCAAUGUGUUUUAAUAUUCAGUAUGUUUUUAAAAUAAAUAUUCAAUGGUGUAACAAGUAGUGAAGCACUUUCAAUAGCACAGCUGUGGUUGCCACAGUCUUUUCUGCAGAGCUGUGGAUGACACAGAACAGCUCAGUUUGGAAUGAGAGGAAGAUCUGCUCAGCACUGUCAGGCCAAUGCACAGACUGGGUGUGGAAUCACUCCAGCUUGGCAUCACUUUCUUAUUGUCACAAAAGCAUUUCUGAAUAAAAAUCACAUCAAUUUGAAUCUCAAUUUAGAAUUGUGAUUCCUCGAUGGAGCAGCCAGGUAGGUUUAAGAAGCAAAUUGAGUUUGCA